UUCAGCGCGUAAACUUGCGUGGAGAGCAGCGUGGAGAGAGGAUGUCUGGAAGCAGAGUGAUCCGGCUGGACCUGGGGUCCCUGCAGCGCGCUGGGGGAGACCCCGUUCACCUGCUCCCCUGCGAGGUCGAGCACAACGGACCGGCCAGAGUCGGCCAGUACUUCAGCCCCGCAGUGAAGGGGACCAAGAGCGAGAUGACCGUGUCGUUCCGAGGGCGGGGCUUGAAGGGUCAGGAGGUCAGCGUGCCCCAGGGGUACAGCGGCAUGGUUUUGAAGGAGGACCACAAGCCAGUCUCUGAGGAUGAGGACCGGUCACUUCGGGUCAGAUCCACCUUCAGCACUCUGACCAGCUGGAACUUGGAGACUCCGCCCUCCUCCGAUGACGGGGUUGUCAUGGCGAUGAACUGGCCGGUAAUCGCCGAGGCAAUCCACGCACCCAUUGAAGACUAACCAGGGAGCCGAGGCUGAAGCCGCUCUGGAAGGAGUCGCAUCCCUUCCAACCUGCUGUACCGUCUACUGAAGACCGUUCCAUUGCAACUUUCCAAAUGGGGAGUGCUGUUGCGAUAUGCAGUCACCAGGUGGCGCUCUGCACUGUGCGAUAAAUUCAUAAUAAACCUUUUGCUUUUAAUGCCUCUUUUCACAGCGCUGCUUUUGCUGCUGUUAACAGCAAUCUAAAACUGCCUUCAAUAUUCAAGGCGCCCCUGUAAUCAGGUGUUUAAAAUGACUGUGCAAACUAUAAAAGGCACAGCAAUUCUAAUGCCUUGCAGGAAGGUCAUUCCCAAAUGAUUCCAUCUUUUACAGAAACCCAGGCAGUAGUGUCCAGUUGCUGGGUGUGUGAGAUUUUUUUUUUUUUUUUCAAUGAAUUACAAAUAAGUCAGUUUGUGUUUUGUAAUAAACGUUUCUCUAAAACAUAAAGUUGCAUCUUUUUAAAAA